AACGCUUUUGAAAGCCGGGCUGGGGCGUCGUUGUCGUCCCUGAGGGGGAGGAGGAGGCGGUACAGGCAGAGAGGCAGAGGGAGACGACGACGAGGAGGAAGAGGAGGGCGCCGGGGGGACGAAGAGGAGCGCAAUUCGAGUUGCGAAAAUGAGGGCGAUGAUGAUGCGACCGGCGGCCGUGUCGCAAUCGCAAUCGCGAUCGGGCGCGAAGACGUUGGUGGCCGCGCCGCCGUUCGGCAAGAGCAGCGGCGGCGUCGUGGUCGUCGUGCCCGUUGCGCAGGGGCGCCACUGGGAGGAGCUGAAGAGCGGCAAGGGGAGCGUAUCGUGGCGCCUGCGCUGGCGCGUGCAGCCGGCGCGGCACCAGGCGCACCAGGGCUCCGGCUGGCGCGUCUUCGCCGUGCAAGCGCCGACCACCAAGCGCAAUGUGAACUGGAUCCUUGAAUCCGUCGGGGAUGGUGAUUGCGCCCAUUUAGACGCUGCCGUGCCUCUUCCUGGCUCUUUCGAGUUGGCCUCGGAGUCUGCUAUUGUGGGGCGUGCCGGGGGUAAGGCGGACAUUUUACUCGGGGUUGCCACGGUUUCGUCAAUGCAUGCCCGUUUGGAGAAAAGAGGGGAUGUUUUGUACGUGACCGAUCUUGACAGCACCAACGGAACCUACCUCGAUGGAAGGAGGAUUAGGCCUGGAGCUGUCACUCCCGUCGAUCCAGGAAGCAUCCUAGUAUUCGGUGAUGAGCAUUUGGCAGUUUUCCGAGUGGGAGUCGAAGAGGCGAAGGAAGCAGAACCUCAAGAAAGUGAAGUAUCCGAGGAGAGCCCUUCGGCGUAAUGUUUUCCUUGCAUCUUAUCCUUUGAAGGCCAGAACUAGUUGUUUGCUUAUUGUCAACCUUGGGCGGUCGAGCUUCUUGUGAAGAAGUCUGAAGUAUUGUGCGAGCGGUUAGUCGGUCGUCUACACCACUCUUCUGCAAGGAGAUUUCUUCUGAAAGAGUAUCGGUCACUACCUUUUAAACGCGACGUACUAAUGCCUCAGACCAGUUAUAAAAUAUUGUACAUAACAAACGAAGUCCGAUCUCGACGAUUUCUCCUCUCC